CAAACAAGCCAGAGACAGCACAAACUGAUCAGGCGCAGCUCCUCUGCUACGCCUUCACACCAACACAGCUAUGAGGCCCGGAGCAGAGUUCUUGGCCGUGAGCCGCCUCGCGGGGGCGCCGACGGCGACGGCGCCGCCGCACUCGGCGUGGCAGUCGCCGGUGCCGUACCUCUUCGGCGGGCUGGCGGCCAUGCUGGGCCUCAUCGCCUUCGCGCUGCUCAUCCUCGCCUGCUCCUACUGGAAGCUCUCCGGGUUCCUCGACGGCGCCUCCGAUGGCCAGGCGGCGGGCGACGCCGACGGGGAGAAGGCCUCGGCGUCCGGCGCGUCCAAGCCGGCCCCGGAUUUCCAGGAGCACGUGGUGGUCAUCAUGGCCGGCGACGAGCGGCCCACGUUCCUCGCCAAGCCGGUCACCAGCCGGGCCGCCGAGGCGGAGCUCGCGGCCGCAGCGGCGCCUGACGCGAGCGCGCGCGACGGCGAAGGCCAGGAGGAGACGGCGGACGAGCAGGGCGGCGAGGCGAGCUCGCACCCCGGCGCCGACGCGGCGAGCCGGAGCCGUGAUCACCACGAAGACGCGGCGGGCCAGAGUGGCGACCAUGAUCACGACGCGGCGAGCCACCACCACCAUGACCAAGACCUCGAGAGCAGCGGCACGACGGCGCUGCAAGAAAGCCGGCAAUAAAAGCGGCCGCCAGCCAUUCAUUCGCUUCAGCUUUCCCUUUUUCCCGGGCAGCUUUUCCUCUCUCCCCACCCCAUCAUCUUCCUCCUCCCGUCCCGGUGCUGCUAGUGCUAGAUUUAGGCUGGAGCGUGUAGUAGAUUCUUGGCGUGAUUAGUCGGACAGAAACAAAAGAAAAUCAAUGGAGAUAUGUAUAUGAGAAGAAACUUGAGAGCUUUGGCAAUCGAUCGAAAGCCGCUUUGGCCCCUGAAUCUCCGGAACAAGAUCACAAGCAUCACACCACUCUGCUCCGAAGAAACGGACAGCGGCCCAUCCCCAUCCACGCCAUCGCCCCGGCUCUCUUUCGGUAACUUACAACAACUUUCAGCUGGAUUACGAUGAGUAGCUGGACUCCAUUUGGUUGUAUAUGCG